AUGCCGGGCUACGACCCCGUGCGUGAUACCCAAAAAGCGCCGGCUUCUCACAUGUCGGAUUCGCUUUCUGAGGCGAGUAUGGCGGAUACAACGGACAAAUCUUCGUCGCCCGACACACCAAAGAUGGGCAAGAAUGCCAUCCGCAAGGCCAAGAUCAAGGCGGCGAUCGAGGCCGAAGAAGAAGCCAAGCGCGUCGCGGCGCUGCCCGUCCAGGUGCCCGAAGGGGCCGAGUCGCUUCCGUACAAGCCCUCGUAUCGUGAAACACCCGCUGACAGCGUUUUAGUGCCGAUCACGGAGGAGGAGAUUGCGCAGAUCAAGGCACGGUCGCUGAAUCCCCUUCGCCAGACCGCUCCCGAGCCGCCGCAACCGAGCGAGGCGGUGGUGCGCAAGCGCAGCGAGACGAACUCGCCGUCCACGGGCGCCGUUGCGGAGCACUACAACAAGCGCCGUGACGUCGGGCGCGAUGCACGCGAGUCGUCCCCUAUUAUCCCGCUGAAGCGCUUCAACAACUGGAUCAAGUCGGCGUUGAUUGCAAUGUAUGCCAAGUCCGCCGCGGGCGCCAAGAAUCAGGCGCGCGUGCUGGAUAUGGGCUGUGGCAAAGGUGGCGACUUGCAAAAAUGGGCUCGGCAGCACCCUUCGAUGCUGGUUAUGAUUGAUAUUGCCGAAAUUUCUGUGCAGCAGGCGAAGGAGCGCUACGAGAGCGGCCACUUCCGCUGGCCCGCCGAGUUCUUUACAUUCGACUGCUUCCAGAAGCGGCUCGAGGACGUCGUCCCGCUGCCGCUGCUCGAGCCGAUGUUUGAUACCGUCUCUCUGCAGUUCUGCAUGCACUACGGCUGGGACACGGAGGAGCACGCACGGACGAUGCUGGCGAACGUCGCACGCUACCUCCGCGUGGGGGGCACGUUCAUCGGUACCACGCUCGACGCCGAAACGCUCAUGGGUCGUCUGGACGCACUGCCCGACCCGGAUGCCUUGUCGUUCGGCAACGAAAACUACCGCAUUGAAUUUGAAGAGCGCCUCGAGCCGGGCCAGAAGCCGUUCGGGAACAAGUACCGCUUUUGGCUGGAAGACGCGGUCGACGACGUGCCCGAGUACGUCGUGGACUGGGCCAUGUUUGAAUCCAUCGCAGGUGAGUAUGGCCUCCAGCUCCAGUACAAGGCGCGCUUUGACCAGGUACUCGCGGAUGGCUAUGCCAACUCGAACCUGCGCGCGCUCCUUGAACGCAUGCGUGUCAUCGAUCCUCAGCUCGCCGCCACGGGCGUCGUAACGCCGGAUAUGCCGUCGCCCAUGUGGGACGUUUGUACGUUGUACCUUGGUUUUGCGUUUGAAAAGGUAGCUACGUAG